AUGGCAAGGAGUGUUCUUUACGCUUUAAGACCUAAGGUGGAGGCAGACAUUGAGCGACUUGUCAAACUAGGAGUCCUAGAACCUGUUUCUCAUUCUGAGUGGGCAACACCUGUGGUACUGGUGGUCAAGUCUAAUGGAUCUGUACGAUUAUGUGGGGACUUGACAAAGAUGGCAAGGAGUGUUCUUUACGCUUUAAGACCUAAGGUGGAGGCAGACAUUGAGCGACUUGUCAAACUAGGAGUCCUAGAACCUGUUUCUCAUUCUGAGUGGGCAACACCUGUGGUACUGGUGGUCAAGUCUAAUGGAUCUGUACGAUUAUGUGGGGACUUUAAGGUAACAGUUAACCCUGUACUCAUAGCUGAGCAAUACCCCCUUCCUGUGAUUGAAGAUCUUUUUGCUGGAUUAGCUGUGGGAAACAAACUUAGUAAAAUAGACCUCAGCCAAGCAUACUUGCAAAUGCAUGUAGAUGAGGACUCACAAAAGUACCUCACCAUAGCAACAAAUAAAGGGCUCUACCGUUAUCGUCGCUUACCUUUUGGAAUUACUUCAGCACCAGCGUUAUUCCAGCAUGCCAUGGACCAGAUCCUUAGUGGAUUACCAGGGGUACAGUGUUACCUGGAUGACAUCCUGGUCACAGGCCGAGGUGACAAGGAGCACAUGGCCAAUCUGGAUAAAACCUUAAACAGGCUAGAAAAGUAUGGGCUGCGUGUAAACAAGGACAAAUGUGACUUUUUCAAAAUAGGGCAGGACCUUAGCACUGUUAAUGUACUGCCUGAUGUUCAGCCUUACCUUUCGCAGGGGAAGGAGCUAUCUGUGACAGCAGGAUGCCUCAUGUGGGGCAUGCGAGUAAUUAUACCACAAAGGUUGAGGAAAUCCAUUCUGGAUGAGUUACAUCUUGGACACUGUGGCAUAGCCCGAAUGAAAGAGCUAGCCCAGAGUUACUUUUGGUGGCCUGGACUUGAUCAUGAUAUUGAGGAAAAGGCAACUUCAUGUUCAUCAUGUCAAGGCCUCAGAAAUAUGCCAAGUCCAGCAUGA